AUGAUUGCAAUGUGGAGAUGCGUUUUCUCGCAACUUGUGCUCUCAUGUUUGGUCUUCUUGCCACUGCGGAAUGCUGAUGGCUUGGCGGACUGUGAAGACUUAGUCGCAAUGCAGAUGCGGUUGGAAAAGACGACCAUCACGACCACGACCACGAUGUCAGCUCCCGCACACACAGUGAAGUUCACCAGCAAAGGCGGAGAACUGUGGGCCUUUGUGGCAAAAACGUUUUCCGAAGCGCGGACAGAAGCCACCAAUCAGUUGAGGAUGAAAGGCUGGUUGAACGCUCAUGCCCAGUGUGAGCUGUGUUGCGCUUCAGCUCCACAAAACUUUACUUGUUGCUUCCAGUUUUUCUGGGUUGGGAGCGCCCUCUCACAAGAGGCGGAGGAUGGCCUGCAAGGCAAUGUGCCAGACGUGGGGACUUCGCUUGAAGUGGUGUUCAAAGCGGAGGAGAACCUGGACUCGGACGUGGUGAAGGUUGUUCGGAAUUCAGGGCUGUCAGCCGAGCAGCAGCACACUUCGCUGCAGAAUCUCCAAGAGAGAGGCAUCUCUUCUUCCUCACAGCUCAUCCGUGAAAACCCCAAGGACAUCUUUGGAGGGUCAGUCUCAAGAAUGGCCUUGAACAAGUUGACCCAGGCGCAGACAUCUGCAGAGUCCCAGCAGGUCGCAGCCGCUAAGGCGAGCCUGAUCCCUAGUGCCGCCGACGAGGCUGCCAAGGUUCAAGCUAUGACAGCGGGGAUGGCAGCAAAGCUUGCGCAAGCCCGACAGGAGAUGGAGCAGGUGGUAGCCAAUGGCCAGGGCCACGUCACUGCGCAAGCUGAGCAGCAAAUGAACAAUGUGCUAGCCCAGUUGAGGGCCAUCUCAGUGGAUGACGCAGAUUUGAGCACAGACUCUGCAUUGACGUCUUUGAAUACGGCGAUUGCCUCUGGUGGCUUUGUGGGCGGUAGCAAGCUCUUACCGAGCCAACUCAUCUCCUUCAACGGAGUCUUCCGGGGCAUUGCUUUGAUGAUCGGCGGUGAGCUGCGGGGCCAAGCCGUUGAGUUCCGAUCAUCUUAUGCACAGAUGCCCCAGGAUCAGCUGAUGCAGCUCUACGAGAUGCAUCCUGAGGUCAAUAGUCAGGAGAUGUAUCUGGAAUCCGAGUUUGCCAGCGACCUUCAAUAUGCCAACGGCAUGGUGGAGGCUUAUGGGCAAAGUGCCUUCUCUGCUUCUGUGGACAGUUGGCAAGCAGGAUUUGAUGUCGCCAGCAGUGGCUUCAGUGGCGGAGGCUCCGGCGGUCAGAGCAGUUCCAAAUCUGGUGGGUCUGCGCACAGUCGUCAUAAUUCCGAGUCGGAAAAGAUGAAGAAGAAGAUCACCAGUUUGUACAAAUCUCAAUACUUCUUUGAGCCUAAAAUGACAUUGGCGAUUAGUGAGGAUAUGCUGCAGCUAUCUCAACAGUUUCGGGCUCGCUGUGAUGCAGCUUCCUACUCACUUUGCAAGUCCAUGGAUUUGGAAAACUGCAAUCAAUGGCUUGCGACCCCUGAGGUAACCCCACAGAACCCAACAAACAAGACCAACAAGACCGAGACAGAGAUGUCUUUGGGCUUGACGGCUAUUUUGACCAACGUGAACUGGAACGCUUUCGCCAACAACCCAAUCCAGUCUGCCUUUGAAGACGCCGCAAGGAAUUACUUCGUCAGCAUGGCUGGUGUUGAAGGGGUGGACGUGCAAGUUUCAACUGCAAGGCCGGGGGCCUACUGGGGUGGAGACAAAUGGACGCAGGUUCUGCUCCAGAUUUCUGUUGCUCCAGCAAGCUUCUCGGUAAAUUCGAAUAUCAUGAAAUGGUGGAACAAAGGGGUGCUUCAAAGUGGAAUGCUUUCAGCUGUAGAGGCUGCGAGAGGGAUGAGUGAUGCUCGGGUUGAAAACCAGACUGAUCCCAGCCACUAUUUACCACGGACCUGGAGAUACUUUGUGACGUCUUGGCAGCCGGCAGAGCCCUCAAAAGCAGUGAGCCAGUUCCAAGUUUACGAGCCAGAUGUUCGGGCCUUGCUCGAUCCAACAUCAUCAGCGGAGCAGCUGGUUCUCUCGCUGAUCUAUGACUAUGGGACUCACAUUUGUCCCAAGGUCACCUUGGGUGCUUGGUGGCGAAUCACGGCCAGAUACGUAAGUACUGUGGAUCAGGAGCGAUUGGAUGUGGAACAGGCUGCAACAUCAUACAUCACCAAGGCUGAAGCUGAGAGCUGGGCAUAUGAUGCCUCUGCUGCUGGAUCUUAUCGGGGGGUAAGUGGUGGAGCAUCUGCUGGCCAGGGAAGUAGUGGCGGGAAGGGCAAAGGCAGCAAUUCUACUUCCGGGGCAAAGGAAGAGACACUCAUUGCCAUGAAGAAUGCCACUAUGAACGUUGAACAGGUGUGGCAGGGUGGUGCAGAGGGAGUCUCUCCAUUGGAUUGGCGCCGGAGUUUGGAUGAGAACUUCAAUUCCAACUGGAAAGUGAUCGAGCGAGAUUUGACCCGCUGCGUGGGCUUAUGGAUGUAUGUGGAAGAUCCAUACUUGUCCCAGGCUUUGUGCUCUACGUGGGUUUCAAAACUCCUCCAAAGCUACAAUCUCACAAGUGAUUCUGUGCCGUUGCAGUUGCAAACGGCAGCUUGCACUACAACCAGAAACAUGCAGUACCUCAUCAACUUUGCUCAGAAUGUCUCUGCAGCCAUGCAAGAGCAGGAGUAUGCCUCCCUGGCGUCCGAGUGUGUCUUGAAGCACCCAGGCAACUAUUGGAGCCCUCCCAACACCUGCAUCCCAAAGCAGUGCUUCUGCACCCUGAAAGGUGGCACUGUCGCAAAUGGUACGACAGGUAAAGACUGCCCUCAGCAAGGCGAUCGGGAUUGCGUUGGCUGUUGCUUGGAGUCGCAGCGGGGCACUUGCAGCAAGCCCACAGCUUGCGCCAGCGGGGACAUUCUGAAGCCGAAGGCUAAUACCCUGAAGUGCCAGUGA